AUGGAGACAGCCAUCCGCUGGUCACCCUCCUCCACCACCAAGGAACAACGCUUCCUCUAUGUCGACGUAAUAGGCAAAUCCUUCAAACUCUGCAGAGUCACCUCCGUCAAAGGCAAUGACCUGGAAUACGACGUGCUCUCAACCCACAUCCGGGUCCCCGGAUUCCGCGCCUUUGAUUGGUCCACUGCAGAUGAAUCGCUCAUCGCUGUCGGGCAAUCAUCGGGUGAAGUUAAUAUCUUGCGCAUGGAUGGGAAUUCGAAUGAAUCUUGGUCCUUUCCGCUAAGGAAUCAACGGUAUUGUAAUGCUGUUGCGUUUAGUUCGCAUGGUUUGUUGGCGGGCGGGUUGGAUAAGGUGAGGAAUGAUGUGUGUUUGAAUGUUUGGGAUGUCAAUCAUCGUAUUAUGACUGGGAGCUCGAGGGGGGCCCUUGUAAGCGAUAGGCAAAGUGCCGAGCCGCUCAGGAAGUUGAGUUCGGACCCUAUUACUAGUAUCAAGUUCUUUAGGGAGCAACCGGAUACUUUGGUGGCUGGUGUGAAGGGUCAAUUUUUGAAGCUGUUUGACUUGAGAGAUAACUCGUCACAAGCUUUCCUCACAUUCUCUACGAAAUGCGUCCACAACACAGCUGUAGACUGGUUGGACGAAAACUAUUUUGCAUCCUGUUCUUCUUCCGCCGAUGCUACCGUCUGUCUCUGGGACCGACGUAUGGGCCAACGCCUCACCUCAAGCCCAGCAAACCCCGACAGCGGUCAAGUUGGCCCAAGUCUAAGUCUUGGAAACACCGUCCAAAACGCCACUAUCUGGAGUCUGCGCUUCUCAAGGACCAAAAGAGGAUGUUUGGGAGUUCUGUCUAGCAACGGUCAAUUCAAGAUGUUCGACAUCGCAAAGGAGUAUUUGUCUGCUGGUGAUCGGAAUUCCGUUGACGAGACCCUCGGCCAAGGCUCGUCUUCGAGCUAUCCGGAGCAAAUCUAUACCAAGAAUAUUCGCGACAUUCGACAUCCCUACAACCAUCAGACUAGGGGUUACAAAAAGGCGAAUAGGGUUGUAUCGUUUGAUUUCUUGAAUAUGAGCCGCUCCAAUGAACCAAGUGCGAUUACUUUGCUGGGUAAUGGAAAAGUGGAGUUUGUCACCGUGCAGUCAUCGGCGGCGCCUAUAAGGUUGUCCUCGCAGAAUGUGCUGGUACGAGGAGUUCCUUAUGGCGAACGUGAUUUUAAGACUAUUGGUCCACGACCACUGCGCGAGAAGACAUCAAACGUUAUCCAGUCUUUGAGGGACAAUGCGCAGGCUCGCUCCAAACAACAUGGAUUGAUGGAAGAAGAGGAGAACAAAUGUCUGUCUAGCCGGGAAAAAAGAGAGCAGGCUUCGUUCCUAGGUCGCGUCAAACCUACACUCAGAGCUGCCGAUGCCUUGACUUAUUUGAGCAUCAGUCAAGCUCGCUGCCGGGAAGGGUAUCUUUUUGAUUGCGAGAAGAAUAUACGGAUUGUUUCGGAUGAUGCAGAUUUGCAAGAAUUCUGGAAUUGGGUUCGACAUUCUCGGGAGGAGUCAGCGAAUGGAUCGACAAUCGUCAACCGAAUUGAUAUGAGUUAUCUUGGUGUCUGUGACGUAUGGUUUGACGAAAUUGGAGCCACAUCAAAGGAGCUCAGACAACAUUCAUCUAUCAACAAAAUCGACCUGGCACCAGAGCAGAUGAUAAAAGACAUGGUCCAACAACUCCAACUCCCAGAAGGCAAAAGAUGCGAAACAGACUUUUGGGAACAUCGUCAAUUAUGUCUUCAUAUCUGCGGUGCUAUCGAAUCCGAAGAAGAACUUGAGCAAAUUGUCGAUGAUCUUGUUAAGAAAAGACAACACACAAAAGCCGCAGCAUUGGCGAUUUUCCAGAACGAGGCCAAAAUAGCUUUCCAUGCUCUUCGUCGGAAUGAACCCACCCAGGCACAUAAGCUUCUUGCCAUGGCGAUUGUGGGCGCAGCAAAGGGACAGCAAAGUGACAAGGACUGGGAAGAGACCUGUAACGAGAUUGCGACUGAACUGACAGACCCGUACGCUCGAGCCGUUCUCGCUCUAGUGAGCAAAGGGAAAUGGGAGUCAGUUUUAGCAGAGACCACUCUUCCUCUGAAAUACCGUGUAGAGGUGGCUCUACGCUGGUUGCCGGAUGACGAUCUGACGACAUAUUUGCAAGAGACAAAGGAAGAAGCGAUCCGCCAGGGAGAUAUUGAAGGUAUCUUGCUGACCGGACUUCGGCAUUCGGCGCUUGACCUAUUCCAGUCUUAUAUCCGUAAAUUCAACGACGUGCAGACUGCUGUUCUGGCAAUGAGCCACACGAUACCACGAUUCAUCGACGACGAAACUAGCAAGGCGAUAUUCAGGAUGUGGCGUGAAACAUACCGCCGACAAAUCAAUUCAUGGAAAAUGCAAAUCGAACGAGCUCGCUUUGAUGUAGGCUCCAGAAGGUUUGCUGUAACCUGGGAUGGCCGACGAUUAAUCGCCCCAGCACCUCAACAAGUCAGUCUAACAUGCAACUAUUGCACCCGACCUCUGCAUCAAACCGGAUCAAUCGCCUCAACAACCAUAUCCGCCGGGCUAUCCACAUCAACAUCCACCGCAACAGCCUCUGCUGUAAGCAAUUUACUUCAAAGCGGCAGCGGGAGCACGAACGCUUCCAACCCCGCAAUGUUGGUCAACAAUCAAUCAUAUCUAGGUGCACAGGGACCAAUCCUAAUGUCCGGCACCGUCUGCCCCAAAUGUUUCCGUCACAUGCCUCGUUGCGGCGUCUGCUCGCUGUGGCUCGGUUCUCCAGACCCCAUGUCCCGCGCAGCCAUCAUGGCGGACGCCAAACGAGAAGAAGAGGAGAAACUAAACCAUAAAGACGAGGAUGAGGACGACGAAAACAACGAGCAAGUCAAUGGUGAGACUACGAAAAAACGAACCGGACCGUCGGAAGACGAAAUCACCCGUCGCUUUGUGGUGUUUUGUAUUAAUUGUAAUCAUGGGUUUCAUGCGAAUCAUGCCAAGGCGUGGUUUGCGAGACAUAGAGUUUGUCCCGUUGCGGAGUGUACUUGUGUUUGUGAUCGAUGA